AUGAAAAGAUAUUCACCUGUCCUUAACACUGCCAAUGGAGUAGCUGUCGGUAAAGCAACCCUUCUAAUUUGGAGAGAACACUUCAAAACUUUGCUGAACCGGCUAGCACCGUCAGCUUCUGAACUCGAACACAUUCAUAGGCCGACAUAUGCGGUUAACGAGGAGCCACCGACCGAGUCGGAGGUCCUGGUCUGUAUUCAGAAAAUGAAGAAUGGAAAAUGUGGUGGAGACGACGGGAUUAGCGCAGAAAUGCUGAAAUAUCUUCUUCGGUCUGGGAAUCGUGAAAUGACAAAGAUCAUCCAUUCAAUAUGGAUAGACGAAAGGAUACCUGAUUCGUGGAGGCACGCUAUCAUAAUUCCCCUCCACAAGAAGUCAUACGUCACGGACCCCAGCAAUUAUCGAGGAGUCUUUUUGCUGCGUGUUAUGUACAAGGUAUUGGAGCGCAUUAUCCUGGACCGACUCAUUAAACAUCACGAAGAAACAACGCGCGACGAGCAAGCCGGCUUUCGUCCUGGCCGAUCCACGGUUGACCAGGUGUUCAUCGUCAGGAGAGUGAUCGAAAUCUGGCAGCGGUAUUCGAAACCAAUGCAACUAGCGUUUCUGGAUUUUGAAGCCGCGUUCGACUCUUUUCACUGA